AUGCAAUCUGGGAUGGAACAAACAACAGGGGUAAGUGGUCAUGAACAUGUAAUUGAUAUUCCAAGGGAUAGCGGUCCUUCGGCCUCGGCAUCGCACAGUGUUGGUAGAGAGAACCAUGAAGAGUUGAAUCCUGUGGAUAGACCUACAACAAGAGCUGCAACGUCUGCCUUGCAGCCACCAGCAGCAAUAGGUCCUCCUCAUGCAGACAGUGCUUCAGGCACUAGGAGACGUGAUAACUAUGGUCGGCGACAUAGGAGCCCUUUGAACUCUGGACUAUGGAUUUCGGUUGAAGUUAUCGUUAACGUUAGCCAAAUUGUUGCUGCCAUUGUUGUGCUAUCCCUGUCAAGGAAGGAACAUCCACAAGCUCCAUUGUUUGAGUGGGUCAUAGGUUACACAAACAACUCGACUGAGCCCACUCCUGCAAGUGUAUCAGAACGACGAAGGAAUGCUGCACGAAAUGCAGUUCUGGCUAACCCAAGGAUUAAUGCACUUUUUGAUCACUUCAAGAUGGCCUUGGAUUGUUUCUUUGCCGUGUGGUUUGUUGUAGGAAAUGUGUGGAUAUUUGGUGGGCGUUCUUCGGCUGUUGAUGCUCCAAACUUGUACAGGUUAUGCAUCGUGUUCCUCACCUUCAGCUGUAUUGGGUAUGCCAUGCCUUUCAUCCUCUGCGCAAUGAUAUGCUGUUGUCUCCCCUGCAUUAUAUCUGUCAUGGGCUUCAGAGAAGACACAAACAAUACAAGAGGGGCCACUUCAGAAUCCAUCAAUACUUUGCCGACUUAUAAAUUCAAAACCAAGAAACGCCGCCAUGGUUCAGGUAACGAAGCCGAAGGCCAAGAGGGAGGUAUAGUGGCUGCAGGGACUGACAAGGAGCGAUCGCUUUCUGCUGAAGAUGCUGUUUGCUGCAUCUGCCUUGCCAAGUAUGCACACAACGAAGAGCUUCGUGAACUUCCCUGCACACACUGUUUCCACAAGGAAUGCGUGGACAAAUGGCUAAAGAUAAAUGCACUCUGCCCUCUGUGCAAAGCCGAGAUAGCAAGCUCAUCUGGCACGUCUGAUACUCGCCACAUUGACCAUACAGUACCGACGCAGGAGAUCGAAAUGCAUUAG